CUGUGAAAAUAUUUUCAGAUAAAAUCUGGUGAUAUCACAUUCUGUAACGAUGUUCAAAGAAUUGUAUUUCAAAAUCUAGUACUGGAAAUUUUUUUCGGCGUAUACUUUGUGUUCAAGUUUCUUUGUUCAAUAGAAUAGCUAUCUUAAUGCUGCACAGUCCGGUGCCUAGGUACAACAAAUGUGUACCCUUUCCAACACUGCGAACAGGUGAUGGAAGCGCGAUUGUGUGUCAGCAGUUUCCACAGCGAGCACUGCUCGUUUUAUUUAUAUUUCAUAGCAGCGCGGAUCAAGUGACUUAAUCUGCAGAAGGGAAUUCUUCCAAUAAAUGCAUUAUGACUGUGAUAAUGGUGGACGGGUUCGCCCUGUGGCUGCUCUACAAGCUGUUCCUGUCUCCCUGCUGCCUUCUCCUGUGGCACGUGCUUAAACUGUCUACCGUCCUCUUUACCUUUGCAGACAAUAACGGCGCCCGCAAGCAAGCGGAGCACCCGAACAAUCAGUCGCACCACAUCAACCACCACAAUCAUCAGCAUCCGACAAGCAAUCCCAAUGAGCUGCCCAAGCCGAAGAGGGUCCUCUAUCCGCGGGAGAACAUACGCAUUGGCUGGAAGCAGUCGGAGCGCAAAUGGCAGGUGGGCACGGGCAUGAUCAAUGUGGGCAACACCUGCUACCUCAACUCAACGCUUCAGGCGCUCCUGCACAUACCCGCCCUGGCCAAUUGGCUCGUUUCGGAGCAGGCGCAUCUGGCUGACUGCAAUGUGGCCGAACCUGGCAGCGGUUGCAUCAUUUGCGCCAUGACCAAAACACUUUUGGCCACCCAAAGCAAUCAGUCGGCCGUCAGACCCUUCCUCAUCUACUCGAAGCUAAAGCAGAUCUGCAAACACAUGGUCGUUGGUCGCCAAGAGGAUGCGCACGAGUUCCUGCGCUUCCUGGUCGAGGCCAUGGAGCGGGCGUAUUUGAUGCGGUUUCGUAACUACAAAGAGCUGGAUCAGUUGGUUAAGGAGACCACGCCGCUGGGACAGAUCUUUGGCGGCUAUCUGCGCAGCGAGGUGCGCUGUCUGAGCUGCAACCAUGUGUCCAUUACGUUUCAGCACUUCCAGGAUCUGUUGCUCGACAUCCGCAAGGCAGACUCCUUGGAGGAUGCUUUCGAGGGACACUUUUCUCGCGAACGGCUAGAGGAUAUGGGCUACAAGUGCGAGGGAUGCAAGAAGAAGGUAUCUGCCACAAAGCAAUUCUCUUUGGAGCGUGCCCCAAUCACGCUUUGUAUACAGCUGAAGCGAUUCUCCAUGAUCGGCAACAAACUGACCAAGCAGAUUUCCUUCAAGUCACGCAUAGAUUUGAGCAAAUACGCAGCCCGUUCACAAGCAGCUCAGGCUCAACCGCUCACCUAUCGCCUGGUGUCGAUGGUCACUCACUUGGGGGCGUCCCAGCACUGCGGUCACUACACGGCCAUUGGCUCCACGGAUACGGGCAGCUUUUACAACUUCGACGACAGCUACGUGCGGCCAAUCGCAAUGCACAGUGUGUGCAACACAAAUGCCUAUAUAAUGUUUUUCGAACUGGACCUCUCACAGGCUGCCAGUCCGGCGGCCAACAGGCCCAAUGGAGUGCGUUUGACCAACGGACACAGCACAACGCCAGUGCCGGCGGCGACUGUGUCUUCGCCUUCACCAACGCGUUUCAUUGGUCCUCAACUGCCGGCGGGUGGAGCAAACGGUUACACUAAUGGAAAUGCCCAGAAAACCGCCAUCCAGUUCAAGCAACAAAACCAGCAAAGUCCACAGAACGGACUCCAGCUGGGUACCGGAAAGUUUCAGGACACUGCGAAGCCUCCACUGGUUGGCGCUCACGCUAAAGGCGAAGCUACUUCAGCUCCCACUGCAAAUGGUAACAAAAGUUCCUCCCCAAGCAGCAACAGCAGCAGCAACCAUAAAUCAAUAAACCAGCAACAAUAUCUGCCAAUUUCCUCGGAUGAUGAAGACAUCGAGGAUGAGAUGAAGCCCAGACCAACGACAGCCCAGCUACCGAGCAUGCCCAAUAUGACGGAGAAUCAUACGGAGCCUAAGGCAAAGUCUCCUGUAAAGAUUCAAGUAAAGACUCCCGUCAAAACGCCACUGAAAAGUCUUGUGCCCUACGAAUCAGCAUCUGAGGAGGAGGAGGCGCCUCUACCGAAUCCCCGCAAGCGUCCAAGUGGGGAGGAUUCUAGCGAGUCGGACCAAGAGUCUGGCCAGACCAAUGGUCACAGUAAGACCAAUGGCAGCCACACCAACGGCUCAGCCUCGUCAUCGGUUCACGUUAACAACAGCAAACAAAAGACUGAUGCCAUAGACGAGAUAUUCAAGAGCCUAAAAAAGUCCGCAGACAGUGAUGAGGACGACGAUGAGGAGGAGCCCAGCAUUCAGCUAACGAAUGGCUGGCACCCACAGAAGCAAUCACAGUCUCAAAGCAAAGCACCACCAUCGCCAAAGACGCCACCCUCGCCAGCGGUCAUCAAAUCGAAAACGGGUAUCUGGAAAGUUACGCGUAACGAUGAGGUCGAUGCCAUCGAAGAUGAUGUUGACGUCGUGGUGGUGGAGGGAUCGCCGGUGAAAAUUCCGACGCCGAACAAGAACCAUCGCAAUCCCUUCUCGAGUAGCAAGCCCUCCACGGACUCGCCCGCAACGCCAGGCGCCAAGCGCCAAAAGUUGCUCAACGGCAGUGCGCUCAAGUCGCACCAGCAGCCAAGGGUGGGCAAUGGCUACCAGAGCAAUGCCACCUCGAAUGGGAGCACCAUCAAUGAGCUGCUGAAGCAAUCGUAUCGUGGAUACGGCUCCCCCGUGCUCAGUUGGAAUGGCAAGCCCGCGGAGCUCGAAAAGGAGACUUUUGAGUUGGUUUGUGCGAAACGGAUAGCUGGUCACGGCAGUGUGGAAGGCAGCGAUAUCGUCGAGGGCUCGGUUGCAGUCGACGCGGCAGUGACUAGUGGCAGUGACAGUAAAGAUGUGGUCGUAAUUGCAGUGGCGGUAACAGACACGACCGCUGACGCACCCGAUCCGGAUCGUCUCACGGACGGCCGGUAGGAGGUAGAAGCGUCGGCGGCAGAGGCGACGCUUCUUCUUUUUCCCCACUAAGCACAUACCACACAAAACAAAUACAAAUAAUACGAUUACCCCGAAUAGUCUGUGAUGGCUGCGUUGCUGGUAUCCGUUCCCAACCGGGCGGUCACCACAACGCGUCCUCCGUUCAGCGAGCGUGAAAAGUGUAGAGAGAGUUGCAAAAGUCAUUGCGGGAGAGAGUGACUGCACCGGAGCCUAGGUAAUUCACCCGAUGACUCCGCAUCCGUUUUCCCGUGCAAUGAAGCUUAUGAUUUGACUGCUGGCCGGCACGUUGUUUCUUUCAUUUCAACCGCCUGAUACGCCAUAAAUUCAACCGUUGUGCCGUUACCGUUUUGCCUGAUAACCUGUUACAGUGAACCGUGAACCCUACUGGUGGAUGCGCGUGAGCAGCGGCAGCGGGACAUCGACGACGACGAAGAGAACGAGAUGGAUCGUGGACGUCAGCGGAAGGUGAAGUCCGGUUCGGCUAAGGGAAACAAUGCCAGCAACAGCACGCCCGGGUACAAUCCAUUCCAGGAGUACGAGGGCCAGAAGCGCUGGAACAAGAACGGCGGAGGUGGAGGAUUUCCGCGAUUCUACAAUCAGAACUAUCGCCAGAACUUCCAGCAGCGCAACAAGUUCAAGUUCAACCGCUUCGGAGGACCAGGCAGCGCCAAGUUCCAGCAGCAGCGAGCCCUGCAACGACAUCUGUCCGCCGGCGGUGGCUUCAGUCGGCGACAACCGUCGGCGCAGCAGCAGCAGCAAACCUAACUGGAUGCGGAUAGGCGAGGGUCAGGAGAAAGAGAUGACGCCGAUGCGACUGCGGCGUGUGCAUUUGUUAUUGGAUUUCAAUUUCGCAUGAGUUUUGUAAACGUUUUUUAACUGCUGAUGAUGAACAUAUUAGAAAUAGGAGUAGGCGUAGGACUGUAAGCUAUAAGCUAGAACAUAAUUGUUGCCUCCCAAAAUCAUCCCCAACCUUCACCGAAGCACACAGUCCCAUUAGAAACUAAGGCUAUCAUUAAGUACGAUAAAAAAAAAGAAAUGAAAGAUUGUGUUUGGCUGAAUUCGUUUUUAUUUCAUUGAAUCGGUAUCCUUGCAUCAAUCGCGUGCUGGCGAUACCGCUUUAAUGACGCCAAUAAUCAGACAACAAGGUUACCGCUCUAAUGUUUCAUUUUUAAAAAAUGUUAACCCCGUAAAGGCAAACACUAAACAGGCUGCACAACUGCGCAGAAUGGAAAUAAAGCAACCCAAUAAUACGUUAAGAACCUAUGCCUAACCAGCAUGCAAGCAAACUUUGUACAUAGAUUUCGAGACUAGAUUUAGGACCCAUGAAAAUUUUAUUAUAAUUUUAGCGGCGCCCCCCUUUUAUUUAUAGAGCAUAACCGAACGGCGGCGAGCAGCGAUAUUGCCAAUGUUAAUAACCCAAAAAAAAUAAAGUAUGUUGGAUGUAAUAUGUACCAUGAUGAAUAC